AUGGAACUCAAAAACCAGGAGGACCCAGAGCCCCCACACAUUAAAGAGGAACAGGAGGAACUCGGGAUCAGUCAGGAAGGAGUGCAGCUUCAAGCGCUGGAGGAGGCUGGUAUCAAGUUCCCAUUUGCUCAGUUCUCAAAGUCCACUAAAAAAACAAAACAUUUGAAAACAGAAAGAGAUGGAGAGGAAGACGGAUCCAGAUCAGAUCCAGAUAGUCCUUUGCAACCGACUGCUGAUGAGACUUCCCAAUCCUCUGAAUGUGAGACUGAUAACAGUAAUGAUUGGAAGGAACCUCUGUCACAUUUAAACCCUUUGCAAAACAAUGAAGUACUUGAAAGUGACGUGGACUGUAAUACUGGAAAAACAUCAAUUAGCUCCUCUGGAAGCUUUGGCCACAAGAAACAUCCGAAGAGACACUCUGGAGUCAAAACAGGAGAGAAACUAUUCAGUUGUUCAGUUUGUGGUAAAACAUUCAGACGAGCACACACUCUGAAACUACACUCAACUGUCCACACUGGAGAGAAACUAUUCAGUUGUUCAGUUUGUGGUAAAACAUUCAGACUAGCGCACACUCUGAAAGAACACUCAACUGUCCACACUGGAGAGAAACUAUUCAGUUGUUCAGAUUGUGGUAAAACAUAUAGACUAGCGCAGAGUCUGAAACUACACUCAGCUGUCCACACUGGAGAGAAACUAUUCAGUUGUUCAGUUUGUGGUAAAACAUUCAGACUAGCGCACAAUCUGAAACUACACUCAACUGUCCACACUGGAGAGAAACUAUUCAGUUGUUCAGUUUGUGGUAAAACAUUCAGACUUGCGAACACUCUGAAACUACACUCAACUGUCCACACUGGAGAGAAACUAUUCAGUUGUUCAGUUUGUGGUAAAACAUUCAGACAAGCGCAGAGUCUGAAACUACACUCAACUGUCCACACUGGAGAUGAACUAUUCAGUUGUUCAGUUUGUGGUAAAACAUUCAGACGAGCACACACUCUGAAACGACACUCAACUGUCCACACUGGAGAGAAACUAUUCAGUUGUUCAGUUUGUGGUAAAACAUAUAGACAAGCGCACAAUCUGAAACUACACUCAAUUGUCCACACUGGAGAGAAACUAUUCAGCUGUUCAGUUUGUGGUAAAACAUUCAGACAAGCACGCAAUCUGAAACGACACUCAACUGUCCACACUGGAGAGAAACUAUUCAGUUGUUCAGAUUGUGGUAAAACAUUCAGACAAGCACGCAAUCUGAAACGACACUCAACUGUCCACACUGGAGAGAAACUAUUCAGUUGUUCAGUUUGUGGUAAAACAUUCAGACUAGCGCAGAGUCUGAAAGAACACUCAACUGUCCACACUGGAGAAACUAUUCAGUUGUUCAGUUUGUGGUAAAACAUUCAGACUAGCGCAGAGUCUGAAAGAACACUCAACUGUCCACACUGGAGAGAAACUAUUCAGUUGUUCAGUUUGUGGUAAAACAUUCAGACUAGCGAACACUCUGAAACUACACUCAACUGUCCACACUGGAAAAACAAAUUAGUGGUACAUUUUUCUUAAAAAGAUUCUCUCUUCUCUGUGAUUUAAGAAAAUCACUAUUGCAUUGAUAAGAUCAUCAGAAAUAAAUGAGACAUGGUUAAAUACUUAAAAACCGGAGGGUUGAAUAAAUAAGUUCAUUCAGCUACGUUGUUGUUGUUCAUGAUAAGGUUGAAGAAGUUUUCUCUGCAAGUCUUGACCCUAUAUGAGUGAACACUGAGUGUUUUAUGAGUUCACAGUCUGUGACAUCACAGUCGAGGGUUACGCAGGUGUGUGUGUGUGUCUGUCGAUAUUUUUUUUUUACUGAACUGAAUAUGUGUGAUCAUUUGACCUGAAGCACGACUGGGCCCUGUUUCUCGUACCUGGCUAACAUAGUUAGCUGGAUCAUUUUCAGGAUGAGAUCACAAGUGAGGCUUUUCGGUUCAACAAAGCAAGUUUGGAACUAGAACGGGCACUCGGUAGAGCGCAUACCUUCGCAUAUCACAAUAUUGGGCAUUGAAUUAUGUACAUUUUGGCAUUAGUUGCAUGCCAAUUGGAUAAAAAUUGACCGCUAUGGUAAAAAGAAGAUUUUGACCUUUUCAUGUCCUUGACCUUUGACCUGAUCGAUCCCAAAAUCUAAUCAAAUGGUCCCCGGAUAAUAACCAAUCAUCCCACCAAAUUUCAUGCGAUUCGGUUUAAUACUUUCUGAGUUAUGCGAGUAACACGCAUACAAAUAAAUUAUUCAACAUUUGGAAAAUACAGCAUCAGUAUACUGUGUAGACUCUAUACUGAUGCUGUAUUUUCUGACUGUGCCAGAAAGGGUUACUAUGACAACAAGCUUGUAAUUGAAGUGUCACAGUGUAGAACAACACACCCUGUUCCUACUCCCUUCACCGCUGUCUGAUCCAGAACUCUGGAUACAUGCAUGACGACGGCAUUCAGAUCAUAAACAUAACACUUUGAAACAUCAAGCCAUUAAAUAUUAUACAUACUGUAUGUAUUAAUAUUUAAUGUGUUUUGGGCACGUGUGUCAAACCAGUUUGUUCUUCCAUAGUGUUGUUGUAUAUUUUUCAUUACAUACUAUUUCAAGAUCUCUAAACUGGCGGUCCACAUGUGGUACUCGUUACCUUCGCAUUGAAAAUGCGAAAGGUUAUGUUUUGAUCGCUGUGUAUUUAUUUGUAUGCGUGUUAUUCGCAUAAUUCAAAAAGUAUUAAACCAAAUCGCAUGAAAUCUGGUGGGAUGAUUGGUUAUUAUCCGGGGACCAUUUGAUUCGAUUUUCGGAUCGAUCGUGUCAAAGGUCAAGGUCAAUGUCAUGCAAAGGUCAAAUUCUUCAUACAUUUUUAUAGUUGAUUUCUAGAGGACAAAAGACAACAAGUUGUAUCUUUAACAUAUUGUGUUGGUUUCCUAUCUAUUUCCAUAAUUAGUUGGAAUGCUUCAGCAGUCAAACUAUUGUUCUUGUCUUCUUUAUUAAACAUUUGUAUUAUA